UAGGGCUCUUUUCUUUCUCUGGCGCACGCGUUUUCUUUCUCCGCGAGUUCUUCUUGACUCCCUCCCUCGAUGUCCGUUGACGUGAUUCUCAUCCGGCUACUUCCACACACGGAGUAGCAGCAGCAGCGUAGCUUGAUCGAUCGCCCGGCGCCUCACUCCAAACCAAGGUCAGUCCCUGGCAGAGAUUUCUCCCUCUGCAUGCUGAAUUUCUCGCCCGGGGCUGUCGAUCACACAGCCCUAGUCUAUCCCAGGCCUCUAGAUUCCCCUUUUCCAUUUUUUUUCUCGCGUUGGAUUCCUUUCCAAUGGCGGGGACUUCCACGCGCCUCUAUGGCCCUCUGGCAGCUCUCGCCGCUGGUCUGGCAACAGCGAUAUCAUCGUUCGAGAUUGCUCCUCCUCGUCCUCGUCCUGCCACUCUCGGCCCACCGCCAUACCUCCUCUACGCAGCUCAUCCCUCCAUGCCAGUUCCUCCAUUCUCGAACGCCUACGUGAGAGAAAAAUCUCCUCUUUCUUCCUCGAUUGAAUCCAAGAGCCCCUCGGUCGAUCAGGUAGUCUGGACAGUCCAUCGCUUUGUCUCCGAUUCACUCAAGACGUGUUCUUGCUCGUCGCUCCACUUCUUCCCGAUCCUUCCAAGCCUGGCUGUUCUAUCCGCCACUGAUGGCUCCCUCUUGCUACGCUCGUCUCCAUGCCAGCCACACUAUCGCAGCGUUGUUUCUUCUUUCUCCUCGUCGUCCAAGCCCAGCUAUCCUUCCAUUUUUUCUCCGACUUUCGCCGCCUCAAAGUACAUUCGUUCGUGGCACUCGAAGAGCUCCUCCAAGCCGCAGGAAUCCACGAGAGACGAGAACGAGAGGAAGAACUCCAAGGAGGUGACGGUGGUUUUGCUGGGAUGGCUUGGAGCAAAGCAAAAGCACCUCAAGAAGUAUGCCGACUGGUACACGGAGCGUGGGAUCAACGCCGUCACCUUUGUCAUUCCAAUGAGCGACAUGAUAAGUUUCAAGGCUGGUGGAAAGGCCGAGCAGCAAAUCGAUCAUCUGGCGCACCACCUCUUGGCCUGGAUGGAGGAGGAGGAAAACGGCAAGGAAAAGCAUCUGUUCUUUCACACCUUUAGCAACACUGGAUGGCUAACGUAUGGAGUCCUUCUCGAGAGGCUGUUGCAGAAGAACAAUAAGCUGCUGGACAAGGUGAAGGGAUGCGUCGUGGAUUCGGCCCCGGUCGCAGAGCCUGAUCCUCAGGUCUGGGCAUCCGGUUUCUCUGCCGCGUUUCUCAAGAAAAAGAGCGUUACCACUCGCAAGGUGGACGUGUUGGACAUCCUCAAGCACAGCAGCGAGGAGGCGCACGAAACUCGGCUCCAGGCCGACGUUACGGAGCAAGCGCUAGUGAGCAUGCUCGAAAAAUUCUUCUCGGUUUUCCUACAGCUUCCGUAUGUAAAGAAGAGAUUGUCGGAAGUUGUCACCAUUCUUUCGAAGCAGCAGCCAAAGUGCCCGCAGCUCUACAUUUACAGCACCGCGGACAGGGUGAUCCCGGCCAAGUCUGUCGAGUCAUUUAUGGAAGAGCAGCGAAGAAGUGGGCGCACUGUCAAGGCUUGCAACCUGCUGUGGUCACCCCACGUCGAUCACUUUAGGAGCUUCCCGGAUAUCUAUAGCUCGCAGCUCAACAUUUUCAUUCGUGAGUGCCUCUCGCAGUGGUCGCCACAAAAGUGUGCGUGACUACCAUUGAUUCUAUCAUGGCACAUAAUUUCUUUUUAAAGUGUAUCACACCAUUCGAUAGCACAUAAUUUUUGGUUUGUUUUAAGCAAAGCAGGGUGGUAGUACCUAAAAUAUGAUUGUAUUUAUUUAGAUUACUUUUACAUUUAUAAUUUAUAGUGAGGUCCAAGUG